AUGCAUCGUAAGUACAAGUUAUUUUGUGUAUAAUUAGAUAUUUGUGCAUGCCUCUGUAGUAGGAUAAUGCGCCAUGUGAAUAAUGGUCCAUGGAAUCUACUAGAUACCUGCGCAUAGAAUGUCGUAAAGAAGCAUCGAUGGCUAAGUCCUCGACAUUUACUUACAAACUUUAAGUCGAACUUGGUGGUGAGGUGACGGAAAUUCCGGUCCGAAGGUAUGUGAUGUUACGGUCGUGAUCGGACGUUGAAUUUUUUAUUGAAACUACCAUGGCUGGCUCGUCGUCGUCGCCGCCGGUGCCUCCCCUUGGAAAAUAUCUUGCAUCUACAGACAAAAAAGUCCGCGAUAAAGCGAUCAAAAACUUAUCAGUUUUCCUCUCUGAUUCUAAAGAUGCUCUUCCGCCGCCAGAGAUGGCGAGAUUGUGGAAAGGAAUUUUUUAUUGCUUCUGGAUGUCUGACAAGCCCUUGAUUCAGCAGGCUCUCGCAACCGAGCUUGCAGAACUUGUGUUGACUAUCACGUCAACGCCAGCUGCGCUUUCGUUUCUAAGUGGAUUCUGGGAAACGAUGGUUCGUGAGUGGAAUGGAAUGGAUCGAUUUAGGCUCGACAAGUAUUAUAUGCUUGUAAGGAGGUUUGUAAAUGCAGCCUUCAGACUGCUUAUGCGGGCAGGAUGGGAUAAAACUGCGUGCGAUCAAUACAAUACAAUAUUGACGCGAGAAGGCGGUCCCCUAUGCCCCUCUGAUAUCAAAGUACCCACCAGUCUAACGUAUCACCUUUCUGAUGUAUACAUUGAAGAGCUCGAUAAAGCUGUCGCAAGCUUCGAUUCAUCACCUUCCGUACCACCAGCCCCACUGGAUACUCUUCUUUCACCCUUUCUCAUCCUCGCUGCUCAGACGUCGUCGGGGGUCACAUAUAAACGUAUCAAAACGGCGCUUCUGGACCCACUCUUAUCUGCGCUUCCGUCCUCAACUAAUUCGGAUGGACCCCCGCAAGCGAAACGUAUACGUCUGGAAUCCAAAGAUCCUGAAUCCUAUCCAAAUCUCAUAGCGAAUGCCUGCAUGAGUCCAGAAGACCAUGGUCAGAUGGAUGGGUUGAUGCUGCGAAAGAAACUGUUGAGGCGUAUAUUUGAAGUGGCCAGUGAGUCAAGCACCCGAGGAUCUAACCGACGAAGGAUGUAUGAAAUAUGGAAGGACGCUGGUGACGGGAACUAUGAUGAUGAUAGCGACUAAGUUAGUUACGGGCUGUAUGGUACCAUUCUUCUUGUCACUUCUGUACUAAGUCUUUUGCGUUAUAGAGUAUUCCGAUGGGUAUGACAGCCCUCCUCACAGUCCUCGAUGCAGCCAAUUCUGGUCCUUCGAAUUAAACUGUAUUCCUGUUUUGUUGUCAAUUUAAGUCUUUUUAUGGCAUUCAGCUAAUGUAAUAUUGACGAAACGUUGUCUUGGGGGGUCAAGCUCAAAUCUAAGGAAAAAUCAAGGAGCUUUGAAAUCAGGGAACGUGAUUCUGGGCUGACAUUAUGCAUGUCGCAUUAUAGUCUGAACAUACCAAGC